AAUUCAGCCAUGGUCACAUUUAUUAUUCUAACUAAGAGUGCUAAAGUUUUCCAUAAAAUAUUUAUCUUCGGUCACAUGUUUUCAAGGCUUUAGUUAUUUCUAUCAGGACUCUUCUGUCUUCCAUAUGGCAGUAAGCAAACAGUCUUCUUAGUAAUAAAGAAUCAAUAUGAGAUACAAAUUUGCACUUUUUCUGGUGAACACAGAUGCUUUUGUAGUUUUAGAUUUACUGGAUGACAGAUAAAGAAAUCAGAAAAUGAAACUAUUCCAAAAGUGGAAGUCAUUUUUCACUGCUUACGUGACCUGGUGUGGUUACUGGUUAUGGCAACUACUGUAAUAAAUAGGUGCUCUGAAACUCUUCAGCAAGUCUCCUACAGGAGUAGACUACAAGAAUGCCAGGGGAUAACGUAUCUGCUAUGGAAGGCUCUUGGAAAAUUGGUGAAGAAUUCCAUAUAGAUAAAGAUAUGGGCUUCGCUCUGCCAAAUCCACUGGAGGAGCUACCUCAUACAUAUGCUCCCUGGAUAUCCAUUGCUAGAAAUUUGCCUGUCCUGAUUGAGAAUGGCCAAUUACGAGCAGAAGUCGAAAAGUUGUCACAGCUCAGCAUUGAUGAGCUCCGUGGGCACAAGUUGCAGCGCCUUGCACAUCUGGUCUUGGGGUACAUCACCAUGGCGUAUGUGUGGAAUCGAGGUGAUGAAGAUGUCUGUAAGGUUCUGCCGAGAAAUAUUGCUGUUCCUUACUGUGAACUCUCUAAGAAGUUGGGGCUACCCCCUAUUCUGGUUUAUGCAGACUGUGUCUUGGCAAACUGGAAGAAAAAGGACCCCAAUGGGCCCUUGACUUAUGAGAACAUGGAAAUUCUGUUCUCAUUUCCUGGUGGAGACUGCGGCAAGGGAUUCUUCCUGGUGUCUCUACUGGUGGAAAAUGCAGCUGCUUCUGCAAUCAAAGAAAUUCCCAUUCUAUUUAAUGCAAUGCAACAUCAGGACCAGGAUGCUUUAAAAAAGGCACUGGGUGAGAUAACUUCUUGCCUGUGCAAAGCCCGUGAAGUGUUUAAACAAAUUCACACACAUGUGGACCCAAACGAAUUUUUCAAUGUUCUUCGCAUAUACUUGUCUGGCUGGAAAGGUAACGCCCGGCUGCCAGAUGGUCUGCUGUAUGAAGGGGUCUGGGAUACCCCCAAGCAAUACGCAGGGGGCAGUGCAGGCCAAAGCAGCAUCUUUCAGUGUUUCGAUGUCCUGCUGGGCAUCCAGCACAACACUGGAGAAAAAUUUGCUGCUAGCUUCCUCCAGGAUAUGAGGCAAUACAUGCCACCAGCUCACAGGGACUUUCUUCAGUCACUGGAGAAACAGCCCUCACUCCGUGAGUUUGUCCUUUCAAACGGUGACCCCGACCUGAAGGCAGUUUAUAAUGACUGUGUGAGAGCUAUGGUCUCGCUGAGGAAAUACCACAAAACAAUAGUAAAAAGCUACAUUGUGAAACCUGGGGAAGAGAAGCGCAUGCAAAACCAAACGUCUGCAGAUCCAUCAGAACAGGAAAACAAAGGAACUGGAGGCACCGAAGUCUUAAGUUUCCUAAAGGCCGUCCUGUGUACAACUGAGAAAUGCCUUCUGAAGGAAGAUUAACGUAACCCGAGCAACGGUCCUUUCUGCCGGGCGAAGGCCACAGUGCAAAUUCUGCCGUCGCACAUUUUACUAGAGCCGGUAGUUAAUAGUAUGCAAUAAUUUAUAAAUCAUGCAUUAAAAAACUUUUCAAAAUAAAACUUCUUUUAUUAUCUCUAGAUUCUUUGAAAACAGCAGAAGAAAAUUAGACAAGAGUGCUUAGAAAGUAGUCCUAACAUUAGAAGUAUGAUUAUAAUGCACACAUUAGUAUGCAGUGAUGAAAUUCAAUAAAUAAAGUUUGGUGUAACAUAGAAUGUG